AUGCAGCCAGCUCAUCCGCAGUCCCAGCCGGAGACUCCGACCCCGGCGUCCGGGUCGGCGCCCCCCCCAUCCGCCCAUUUCGCCUCGACGACCAAGCACGACUUCCAGUCCGGGCCAUACUUCGCCUCUUCGCGGGCCUUCUCCAGCCCGCGAGCGUCGAUUCUCCCGUCGCCGGCGCCCUUCCUGCAAGCCAUCGCCAAGGCCAAGGCAGCCCUCGGCGAAGAGGACGAAGAAGAGUAUGGGUAUUCCUCCUCAGCCGGGUCCUCCGAGAGUGGGGCCGACUCUUCGCACUCCGAUUCGGGGUCUGCCUCAGAAGAGGGCGACCCCGAGGACGAGGAGCAGGAGGAGGAGGAGGAGGAAGAUGGCCAUGGGGGGGACGACCCGGCCUCCGCAUGA